AUGGAUGAAGGAUGGAAUCAAAUCCAGCUUAAUCUUGCUGAUUAUACCAGACGAGCUUAUGGGACAAACUAUGUAGAGACCUUGCGAGUUCAAGUCCAUGCAAACUGUCGACUGAGAAGGAUAUAUUUCUCUGAUCGCCUUUAUUCAGAGGAGGAACUCCCACCAGAAUUCAAAUUGUACCUGCCAAUGCAGAAGGCAUGA